AUGUCUCCAUACCGUCUUGUCGAACCUCUCCACUCGGCGCCAACUGCGAACCGAAGACAAGUUGUCUACACUGGCAGACCCGGCGCAGGCAAUACCGUUGGCCUCCAAAAUAACACUGUCAACAACCUGCCUUCCUUAAAACGUAUCUCCUCCACGCGUCCGAAGCAAUUUUGCUCCAGUGGCGGAAGCCUUCAUACCUGCAGUAGCAGCGAGCUUGCGAUCUUCAGCUUCGACGAAGAAUUAGAAUACGAACUAAGGCGCGAGAAGGACGUGGCACCCGUUUUUCACGUCGGGAGAAGUGGCGGCACAAACACUUUCCAUCAAGACAAUCAGUUGCAUUUCAACAGCAGCUGCAAUUACAGCGGCAAUUACGCUCGCAAACAAAGUACUACUUCCAGCAUGGGAAGCUCGUCGGCUUCUGCAAACUUGGAGAAGGCCGCCUGGAACAAGAGAGAUGCCGACUCAUGGCGAGCGAGCUUCAAGCAUCCUCCUUCGUGA